GCGCUCUGUCGCAAGGCCACGCCCCUGUGCGUCGCGGCUGCGUGAUGACGUGGGCACAGGUCGCUGCAGGCAGCAGCUGCAGGAUCGGGACGCGCUGACAACAACGAGACGCUGCGAGCGAAAAGUAGAGCCGUGUUCUGGUCCCGAAUGAGCCGAUCUGCCGCCGGAGCUCGGUUCUAGGCCCUCGCCGUCCCGCGGAGGAUCCCACUAGUCCGUGGUUCGGCGGAAAUGAGCCGCUAGGCGCCGCGUUCGGCCAAUGGUCGCUGCGAGGGCUCCUGUCUUGUGGAUUAUCCGUCGUCGCCGCGCCAGUCUGAUGGUGGAGCCCGGAGGAGGCCGCGCUCCGCUGGGUGGAUGUUUGUGAAGCAGCGCCGAUGAAGAGAAUGCUGCUGGCGAACUGAGCGUGGAUGUCCGGGCUCGGCGGCCGCUCAGACACUCUUCUCCCUCAGCGCUCCUCCGCCCCGAAACCUGGACGCCUCUGGAGCAGUUUAUGACGACCCUGGUCGGAGCGUGAUGAGCGCGCGCUUCCGCUUGCCCGCUGGCAGAUCCUACAAUGUCCGGGCGACGGAGCUGGAGCGAGACAGGCAGCACACGCAGGUGGUGUGCAACGUUCUGCUGCUGGACAACAGCGUCCAGGCCUUCAGAGUCAGCAAGUCCGAUCACGGUCAGGUGCUGCUGGACGCCGUCUUUAGACACUUGGAGCUGACGGAGAGAGACUACUUCGGCCUCCACGUGGCUGAUGACGCCUCAGACGCGCCGCGCUGGCUGGAUCCCAACAAGCCCAUCAGGAAGCAGUUAAAAAGAGGAUCUCCACACAGCUUGAGUUUCAGAGUCAAGUUUUUUGUGACAGAUCCGAGCAAACUUCAGGAGGAAUACACACGGUACCAGUACUUCCUGCAGAUCAAACAGGACAUCUUGACUGGAAGGCUGCCGUGUCCCAACAACACCGCCGCUCUGCUGGCGUCCUACGCUGUUCAGUCCGAGCUGGGGGACUACAACGAGGCCGAGCACAGCUCCGGGUAUCUGUCCGAAUACUGCUUCAUCCCGGCCCCCCCACAGGACUUCCACAAGGAGGUGUCCAAGCACCACCAGCAGCACAGCGGCCUGACCCCCGCCCAGGCCGAGUUCAAUUACCUGAACACGGCGCGGACGCUGGAGCUGUACGGGGUGGAGCUGCACUAUGCAAGGGACCAGAGGAACGCAGAGAUCCUCAUGGGGGUGAUGUCCGCCGGCGUGGUGGUCUACCAGAACAGGGUUCGGAAAAACCUCUUCCAAUGGCUGAAAAUUGUGAAAAUUUCCUUCAAGUCGAAACAGUUUUUCAUCCAACUGAGAAGAGAGGCAACGGAGACCCGAGAGACGCUGCUGGGCUUCAACAUGGUGAACUACCGGGCCUGCAAGAACCUGUGGAAGGCCUGCGUGGAGCACCACACCUUCUUCCGGCUGGAGCAGCCCAUCCCCCCCCAGAAGAACUUCUUCGCUCACUACUUCUCUCUGGGCUCGAAGUACAGAUACUGCGGGCGGACGGAGGUGCAGUCGGUGCAGUACGGGAAGGAGAAGGCGGUCAAGGACAGAGUCUUCGCCAGGUCUCCCAGCAAACCCUUGGCCAGGAAGUUGAUGGGCGGGACGGACUGGGAGUCGGUCAGCAGGAACAGCCUAUCAGAUGAGAGGCUGGAGACCCAGAGCCUGCCCACCCGCUCUCCCCCCGGCACCCCCAGCCAGAACUCGCUGUUCGUCCAGGAGGGCACACGCCUGCGCCCCUCCUCUGUCGGCCAUCUGGUUGAUCAUGUGAUCCACGCCUCCCCCAGCCUGCCCGUCUUCUCCUCCAAUCACAAGUCGGCGUCGUCCACGCAGGCCAACAGCAUCAGCCUGGACUCCACGCCGUCUCCAGAGGGGGUGGAGGGUCAGCCCCCGGCGCUGCCCCCCAAGCAGCUGAGCAGAAAGACGCUGAGCCAGAUCAUCCAGGCUCACUCUCAGCAGAGCCUGCUGGACAACCACGUCAAUGAAAUGUACGACGUCCCAGCAAACCCCGAGAAGACCACGCUGAACGGCGUCGUCCCGCACGAUAACCUGGUUUUGAUCAAGAUGAGACCCGAUGAACACGGACGCUUCGGCUUCAACGUGAAGGGGGGGGUUGAUCAGAAGAUGCCCAUCAUCGUGUCCCGCGUGGCUCCAGGAACGUCGGCGGACCUGUGCGUGCCGCGCCUCAACGAGGGCGACCAGGUGGUCCUGAUCAAUGGGCGGGACAUCUCUGACCACACCCACGACCAGGUGGUCAUGUUCAUUAAGGCCAGCUGCGAGAGCCACUCCGGAGAGCUCAUCCUGCUGGUCCGACCAAACGGUGAGCAGGGCAGCUCUGAAGCCAAUUACGACGUGGUGGAGGAGAAGGCGGAGUCUGAGCCCGAUUUUCAGUACAUCCCCGAGAAAACCCCCCAGGACCCGGCCCAGGUGGACCAGCAUGCCCUGAGGGACUCCAUGUCCGUGCUGAGGGAGGGCCUGAGCAGCGGCGCCGUCCUGUCCCAGUUUGACCAACUGUACAGGAAGAGGCCGGGCAUGACCAUGCUGUGCGCCAAGUUACCUCAGAACGUGUCCAAAAACCGCUACAGAGACAUCUCUCCCUAUGAUGCUACGCGGGUCCUGCUGAAGAGCACCGACGACUACAUCAACGCCAACUACAUCAACAUGGAGAUUCCCGCCUCCAGCCUGAUCAACCGCUACAUCGCCUGCCAGGGCCCGCUGCCCACAACCUGCUCCGACUUCUGGCAGAUGACCUGGGAGCAGGCCUCGUCCAUGGUGGUGAUGCUGACCACGCAGGUGGAGAGGGGGCGGGUGAAGUGUCACCAGUACUGGCCCAACCCGGACAGCAGCGCCACCUACGGGGACUUCGCCGUCACGUGUCUGAACGAGGAGGGCAGCGCCGCCUUCCUGGUCAGAGAGAUGACCCUCACCGACGUGAAGAGCGGCCAGCAGAGGGAACUCACGCAGAUCCAGUACCUGGCGUGGCCGGAUCACGGCGUUCCUGACGACUCCACGGACUUUCUGGACUUUGUGGCUCUGGUUCGGAGCAAACGGGCCGGUCAGGACCAGCCAGUGGUGGUUCACUGCAGCGCGGGCAUCGGCCGGACCGGCGUCCUCAUCACCAUGGAGACGGCGCUGUGCCUGAUGGAGUGCGGUCAGCCGGUGUACCCUUUGGACAUCGUCCGGACCAUGAGGGACCAGCGGGCCAUGAUGAUACAGACGCCGAGCCAGUACCGCUUCGUGUGCGAGGCCAUCCUGAAGGUGUACGAGGAGGGGCUGGUCCAACCCUCCAGAGCGGCCGUCUACGCACACAGAGACAGGAGCAGCGGGGAGGUGGAGAAGAAGGAGGCGCAGAGGGACGAAGGCGAGGAGGUGGUGGUGGCGGCGGCGGAGCUGCUGGACGGGGGGCUGGACGAAGAGGAGGACGAUGACGACGAUGAGGAGGUGGAGGUGCUAGAUGUGGGCGAGGUGACGGAAGAGGAAGACGAGGAGGUGGAGGAGCCGAGCGUGGCCAGCGCCACCAGCGUGACGAGUGAGACCAGCGCCAACCCAGACCCUGAGAACCCGUGAAACCCUGGAUGCCCCAGGGGGGGGGUUCCGGGAUGGUGCUGCGGGGAGAACAAAAGCACUGUUGCACUUUAUGCCGUCAAAAACGGAAACCGGACAAAGGAGAACCCCUGAAGGAGCCGCUGGCUCCGCUGAGGCCCGACCUCAGGCUCCAGAAACAAAGAACAAACCCAGAAAAGUAGGAGCGAGUGGAUGUGGACGGGGAGCCGUGGCAGUGCCAUAUGUACGAAGAGGAGGCGGCGCCCCUCCGCUCACGUUUUUUAGCCACUGGGUCGCCCUUUCUGAGCGCGUCUGCCAGACGGACCCGCCUUUUCUAUCGUCCUUCUAGCUGAAGAGAGAGCCCUUCUUUUGUUCCUCAGAGUAUUUAUUGUGUUUUAGUUGGUCCAGGCCUGUCCACUGAUCAUAAAGCUGGAUGUUUUGUUCGUACGCGUCUCGAGCUUCAUGCUUUCCUGAAUAACCCUUAGCUAGUGCCGUAGUGUGACUCCUCCUCCUGCUUCCCUUCUUUUGCGUUUUGUGGGGAAGUGAUUUUAUUUAUUGCACUCGCUCGGGUCUUUCUCACCCGUGGGGUGCUGUGGGGCGUUGGAUUCUUCCUCCCGCUUUGGUCCGAGCCUCAUCACGCUGAAAUCUCUUAUCCUUCCUGCCGGAGUGUCCUUGAGCCAGACGCUCGACAGCAGUCUCAGUGGUUUUAUAUGCAAUCGCUUUUUCUUUUUCCCCGCCGCUUUUUUUGAACAACUACUGUAGUGAUCUGACCAAGCGCUGCAGCGGGUCAUUCCGGACCCUGACUCGGCUCCAGCGGGUCAUUCCGGACCCUGACUCUGCUCCAGCGGGUCAUUCUGGACCCUGGCCCAGCUCUAGUGGGUCAUUCUGGGCCCUGCAACAAUUUGUGAAAAAGGAAUCAGCUCCUUUAAAUUACGCGGUACAUUGUUGCGUGGAGACUUUGUUUACCUUGGAUCAGCUGUUUGUGGGGGGUUGGGGGGGGGGGGCUGUCCAUCAGUCAUCCUCUCCCUCUGCGGUUUCCCUCUUUUCGGUCGGCCUUCUGUAACUGGAAAAACUCCCAGGUUUUCCGCCUCCGAUGUGGAGGUGGGACCAGAAGGAGAACCUGCGUUCCUCUCCACCUACUCCUUCAAAGCCCUUCAGCCCCCCCUGCCCUCCCCACAGCAUCACCCCCUUCCCUGUCAGUCCAAACGUCUCCUGUUGGACCACGACACGCUGAUCUGAGCGGAGCAUCAUGGGUACAGAAGCACAGACGGAGGCGGCUCUGCUGACCUUUCACGCCGAUGAGAACAGCCUCAAAGAUUUCCAGAAGCUCCGGAAAAAACGGCCGCCGGCUCCACUAAACGAAACCUUUUUUUGUGUUUUGAUCAGUGGCGUUUGAGGCGGGGCCGCAUCCUCUGAGGGGUGGGGUCAAAGUUGGUUCAGUGGUAAUGGAAGCGGAGCUCCUGGUGGUUUCCUAAAGGUCACACAUAACUGGAAGGGAGGGGGGCAGCACUUUGUAGAAGGCCUGGGGGGGCAGGUAGAGCUACUGGAAGAAGAGAACCUGGAGUCAAACUGCGUUAAGUGAGGUGUUUUAUUUUAAUUUAUGGCUUUUAUUUUGUUUGAGAAAAAGACACUUGUAAAGAAUGAGGAGAAGAACUAACUACACAGUGCCACUUGUUAAUCUUGUGUAAAUACUAGACCCUGUAAAUACUAUGUUGUAUAUGAAAAAAAUCUUUAAAUAAAAGGGAAAAUCAUUUGUGAGCAGAAA